AUAAGCGUCUGUGGCGAAUAUUCAAUUCGCCUGGGGCGAAAAUAUUCAAUUUCGAAAUAUUAACAAAACGUAAACAAAAAGAAUUAGUUUAAUAAAACGUAAAUAAUCAUGAGUCAAGGACCGUUAGAUGUAGAAGAAGCUUUCAAUCGUCAUAAGAAUAUUGUGCCACAAGUGAGGCAGGCCUAUGAACAGGCUAUAACAGAUAUUUUUGCUGAUUUAAGUGCCAAGGAACUGGAACCCUUUGCUGAAAUUCUUGUCCAGCAGGACAACACUUGCCUGGACACAGCAACUAUUAUUGAGCAGCUAAAGAAUCGUAUGACUGGCAUCCUAUGCCGUCUAAAUCAACAAUUCUUUGACAUAAAUGGUGUGGACAACAAAUUGAUUACUUUAGAGGUUCUAAAAGAAAAAUUCGCCUGCCAUCAGGGCAAGAAUUGGAACGUCUACAACAUUGCUCCCGAAGAUUACACACGUCCGGUGCGCAUGCGUCUCAUUGACUCCAGCAUUCGGUUCAUGGAACGUCAAUUGGAGUCCCAACAAAGCCAAUUGGAGUUGGCCCUGACCAAGUGCCAUGAGAAUCGUCAAAUCUUACAAAAUCUUCAAAACGAGCGUGUCAAACUAAAGGCCAUAAUGGAAGAACAAUCAAGUGUAUUCGAUGAAGCAAAACCCAUUUUAUUAGAAUUGGACAACCAAAUGAUUGAUUUAAUAUAAUUAUAAGACAAAGAUGUUGAUUUGAAAGUGUUAAACUAGUAGUUACCAAAGUAUUGAUUAAAAUUAUUUAUAUUUUAUGUAUAAAAACUAGUUAAUUGUUUUCUAGGUUCAUAUUCGUUUUUUAUAUUGAAAUUGUUGUAAUUAUGAUCCAAAACUAUCCAAAUUUCUUGAACCACCUUAAGGUUAAUAAGUGUGACUAUAAUUUAGAUUGAAUAUACAAUUGUUUGGGUUGAUAUCCUAGACCAAUUA